GGGAUGCUGGGACGGUUCCUCCAUUAGCCUGGCGCUCUGAAGUUGUGAAGCCCUCUGGGCAUUCUGCAGCCGUGUCUGAAGGGACAACUCCACCAACUCCUACCUUGGAUGCUGCACAAAAAGCCAGCUCCCAUGGCAGGGGUCCUCCGACAGGAGAGACCAAAGACAUGGCAGGCAAGAAAUUCCAGGACCCAUUAGAAGUCAUGUGGCAAAUGCUGAAGGAAUGUCUGCAGAGAAGGCAAGAAAUGAAAGGAGAGCCUGUGCAGAAGGAAGCAUUUCCCGGAGGAAGCAGUGGUUCCGUGCCAGCCUCUGCUGAAGGAACAGAGGCCAUGCCAGGCACAGGCACAGGAGCUGAACCUGCUGGUGAAGGCCCCACAUCCAGGACUGAGGCUCUGGGAGAUGCUGAGGGUGUGUCUGCAGGGAGGACUUCUCAAGCUCCAGGGCUGGAUGCUUGGCCCCAACCCAGCUCCCAUGGCAGGGGUCCUCCAAAAGGGAAGACCCAAGAUACUGCAGCUAAAAAGUCUCAUGAAGCAGAUGAAUUUCUGACAGAAACACAGAAGGAAGCACCCGGAGGACAAGUGAUGGACCAAAAGGCUGUUCAGGAGGAGGAACACUCAGGGAGAAGCAGUGGCUCAUUGGCAGCCCUAGCUGCAGGAAGGAAGGCAAAGCCAGACACGGGCACAGGCACAGCAGAUGCAGCCGGCACCACAAGACCUGUUCCCAAUGCCCAGGAUGGCCUCGGAAGGGGUUUCUGUCAGGGAACCGGCUGCUGGCUAGGGUUUCUGGCAGGCAUGCUUUAUUUGGAGCUUGUCUUCAUAUUAUGCUGCUUUGGAAUCUGGUAUUCCUGGAACAGAAAACAGAGCACCUCAGGACAGGAGUUGGAAGACGGUGGCUGCACCUCACAGCCAGACAGCGUGAGCAGCUCCUCCAGCAGCAGGAACGGCCUGGACAGCCCUCUCAAGUCUUCUGUGAAGAGGACCCCAGAACAACAUUCUAAGAGGGAACCUCCUUUUACCCCGUAGAUCCCACUGCCACCUGCUCUCCCCAUGGGCCUCCCCAAGCUGCCUUCAUCCCUUUUUUUAUCUUUGUCUGUCCCAUCCCAGCCAACUCGAGUACCUCUAGGGACCCCAGGAUCAGCCCAGCACCCUCCAGCCCUUCCUGAGACCAACACAUCCCUCCCUCUGCCUC